GGCUUGUAUUUAAACUUUUUUAUACAUCUUUAGAGAGUAAAUAAUACAGUCAUGGUGUUUGACAAAAAUCAAAUUAAUAUCGGCGAGUUAACCAAAUUUGAUUGGAAGAUAAGUAUGGCAACUAGCUCAAACACUUGCAAAAACUUUGAUUCUCCUAUGGUGACAUUGGUACUGUGGUUAAAAGAUUUAGCUGGUGUAGAAACUCGAAAAAGUAUCGAGUUGAAUUUGUCAGAAUUCCAGAACUUUUCAAAACAACUGAAGGAAGCACGGUCUGUUCUAGCUACUUCUUAGAAGCUUCACGGGGCGUUUGUUUUAUGAAUCACACUACAUAUAAAUUGUAUAUAUUUAUUUUCUUUUUAACAUUUAUAUCGUUAA